AUGUCGAACAACAACAACUUCUCUGCCCAGGCUGACCAGUUUGGUAAGGAAAUGUCGGGCAAGCUGCAAAAUGCUGCAGGCGAGUUCAAGGAGCAAAGUCAGGCCGCUAAAGAGCAGGGCCAGAAUCUCAUGAACAAGGCCGAGCAAAACCUACCAGAGGCUAAAAAGCAGGGCCACUCGCUGCUUGAGCAAGGCCAAGAAUACUUGAACCAGGCCACGAACUAUGUCCACGAGCACUCUCAAAACCUUCUGAACAAGGGUGCUGAGGGAGCCGCUGAGGGCUCGGAGCAAGGCGAGAGCACUUUCGCGCACUUGUCGAAGCAGGCCCAGAAGUACGCCUCGGAUGCCAUGCAGUCGGUGAGCAAUACUUUCCACCAAGCCGGUGACAAGGCUGCUGAGGGUGCUGAGCAGGCCCACCCCAACGAAUCGUAUCUCGAGGCCGCACGUCGCACAGCGAACGAUGCGAUCUCGAACGUCCAGAACUACUUCUCUGGCAGCAGCGCUGGUAGCGCCCCAUCCGCAGGCAAGUAA